CAUGUCAAAAUGGCCGCUCGAACGCUUGCACACAUUCGGCUUUUUGCGAAAACUAAUCUAAUACGACAACGUUCCAAAGGUUCUAUUCAAGAGGCAUUAAACCCAAGAGUAUCGCGGUCAAUUUCGACAACUCUUCGGGUGCUAAAUUCGUCCGACGGCGAAAAUAAUGAAAACUCAAAAGUUGGUAAACAGACGCGUCUUUUGCGCGUCGCUGUGAUUGGCGAACCGAAUAGUGGGAAAUCUACCUUGACUAAUAGUUUGGUUUUUAAUCAAGUUUCAGUGGUAACACACGUACCACAUACCACAAGACAGCGGACUUUAGGCGUCUAUACUGAAGGUAUGUAUUGUACAAAUCGAAAUAUAUGUUCGCCACGGUGUAUAUUUAAAAUAUCCUCGAAUUCCAGAAAACUAUAAAAGUAGCUAUGUUUUAUUAAUAUACUACUUUGGGGGUUAUUAUUUAAAAGAUUAUUUUAACUGGCUUAGGUUAUUUUCAACAGUGAAUUUGCUUGGGGCAUUACUUCUUUAAACAAUGAAUUAGUUAUUAUUAAAAUGAAAUGAAAGUGAAGCACAGCCACAGGGGCACAGGUGACGGUCUGGUGACCAAAUUUAUUCGCUGACAAUGCCAUGUUGUUUGCAAACUAGGAUAAAAGUAUUGUACUGACUGUCAGAUGAAUCUCUGCGAACUGAAGAUUGAAGUUUUAUCAUAGGCAGCCCAAUGUUAUGGUCGUAACGAAAUUCUUGUUGCCUGCGCAUGGGCGACGUAAAGGCCAUUUUCCAUUGCAGUUGUUUCGUCCGUGCGGGCGGAACAAACAUUACUCAACUUUCUCUGUAGUUGCCUAUCCUGUGCAUUUUUUGUCCGCCUGAAUGCUUGCAGUCACACCGUGAAAGUAGAACUACAUUCAACUUUCUUGGCGUGCCCGGGCGACUGAUUUUUCACAUGAUUAAAAUUGGUCGCUCCGCCCGUGCAGGCAAAGCGACUGCAAUGGAAAAUGGCCUUAAUUCACUGGCAAUACUCAAUGUAGGCAUAAUAUACUUUAGUAUAAAUUGUUAAAUAUUAUAUACUUUAUAUUAUGCCUACAUUGUGUAUUGCCAGUGAUUUACGUCGCCUGCACGCAGGCAACAAGAAUUUUGUUACGACCUAUGGUUGUGUGAAUCAUUUCCAGGUACUUUUCCAACCUCGUUCCCAGGCUUUUAGUUCUCAGAAUCAUUUUGUUAACAGUUUAGGGGCAGACUUGUCCUGCAAUACAAAAUGGGGUGUCCGGACCCGCAUACAUUUUUUUUACGAAAAACGGGGAGACUGAUGAAAACGGGGAAACUGACGAGAAACGGGGCGGAGGGGGGUGUAACCUCUUGAUGUUAAAUUCAUAUAUGAAGCCAAAUAUACCAAAUCUGCUCAAUUAAUCCACUAAGCUGCAGAGCUUCCCCAUUGACUAGUAAAAUCGUCUGGCAUCAGACAAGUAAAAAAAAUAAGUAGGCCGCAUUGUGGCUCAAUGGGUUAAUCUGUGUCAUAAAACAUGUACCGGGGUAUGCAAUUGCAUGAAAUAAAAGCUGACAAAUCUAAUUAACUUUUUUCAUGCAGGUAACAGUCAGCUGGUGUUACUGGAUACUCCAGGGAUAGUAACAGUUGACGAUGGUAAACGUCUAAAAAUGUCGAAGGAACACAUGCGUACACCUGCAAACUGCCUGGAAGAAGUCGACUUAGUGGCCGUACUGACGGACACGUCGAACAAAUAUCAGCGAAUCAGAAUCCACCAUGAAAUAAUCAACCUACUUGAGACACACCCUGACUUGCCGACCAUACUAAUCUUGAACAAAAUUGACCAAAUUCGACACAAAGUGAAACUGCUGCACUACUCAGCCAUGCUCACAAAUGACAGACAGAAAGAUAAAUGGGGUUAUUUACCACACGGAGGGUCGAGUAGGUUUGAUUAUGUAUUGAUGGUAUCCGCUUUGACUGGCGAUGGUGUUGAUCAGUUGCGGCAAUAUAUGGUUGCCAAGGCAAUGCCAGGAGAGUGGCCAUAUUCGGCUGGUGUGACGACAGACUUAGAUAUUCAAGAACAAAUUGCUGAGGUGUUUCGAGGGAAAUUAUUGAUUUUGUAUAAACAUGAGAUUCCUUGGCAAACUAAGCAGGUUGGUAGCACUGAUCUCAAAAAUAACUGGGUUGUCCACCCUGUUAAUUGAACAUUGCUUAAAGUGUAUAUGAAAUGAAAUUUCUUAUUUUCUUAAAUGAAAGAACUCUUUAAGAUGUAGACUAAGUGUAACUUAUUUUUCAGUUUCUUGUUUUUAUGGUUUGUUCCCGAGAUAUUUCAAUUUGUUUGAUAUGUAAAUGAGUGUGAAUAUGUCCGCUAAUUUAUGACGUCACGUUGGUUGCAAGCUCUUCAAAAUGGUUGAAUAUCACUGCUAUCCUCCAAGAUGAUAAUUUCAAACUUCACUCACUGGUAAAUGUGAUGAAACACUGGAAAAAAACGUGAACUGAUAGUCUACCGGGUGUCCCAAAAAAAAGUACUCCGGUUUGAUUCGUAAUAACUUCUAAACAAGUAAACCUUUUAAAGAGAAAUAACUUGCAUCAUGUAGAGGAAGGACUAACUUAGAUUUUGAUAUAUUACAGAAUGUAUUGCACUUAAAAAUUCACGGAGAUAUUAAUGUUUAAAUUCGGGAGCAUAUUUCUGGAUGUGCUGAAAUAUGCAAAAAACAGCGUAUCAAAUAUUAAUCAAGAUUUGCCCGACUGAAACAUGCACGAUUACCAGUAAAUAAAUGACACUUGACAAAUUGUUUAUUAUGAAACAAAGUCUGUAUUAUUAUCUACAAAAUACAAGCAAGAUUUAUUCGUCCGAAAUCUGUGUGUGUUCCUAGCACGAAUACGUUUCCUUAUUUCAUGAGACCACUGCAUCGCGAAGGAUCGUCAUGGAUCGUUCGUAGUUCUGAAUUAGGGCAUGCUGUCACAAUGGAAUUGUGAAGCUCUUCUAACUUCUUCAAUGUUCUGAAAUCUUGUUAAAAACACUCAAACUCAUUUGCCUUUUCUUAAUCGUUUUAAGUUCAGAAUAAACUGAGAAUGAAACACAAUCAAACCAUACAACUCCACAAGACAUAACAAUUAAGCAUGCAACUCCCUGGAGACAUCCAACAUUCUUGGAACAAAACGUAACAAAAUAGUAGCGUUGAUACUGUGAUGUGUAUUUGCAAAAAGCAAUAUUAUUUCCUUCAUUGCAGAAUAAUAUUCAUCCUGCUCUAACCGAGAAAUAAUCAACUCUGUUUUGAACCCAUGAAAAACAUAAAAAAAUUAGGCUAAGAAAAAUUUAAGCGCCUGCCUUGCAUGGUCUUUCAUGUACCUUAUAAAUUUGUAAAGUUUGUAAAAACCUAUUAAAUACUUGCAUAAUUUCGUACGUUCAUAUUUCAGGAAACAAUGAGCUAAGACUUAGCUUACAUGUAAGAAGUCUAAAUCUACGCCAUAUCCCUUACAAACCCUAACGACAAUUCGCUGAAAUACAAGUUAGCCUGAUAUGUCAAAUUAGCCUGAUAUGAAGUUAAUAUUUGAUAUGCCGAUUUUCGCUAAUUUUAGACACAUCCCAAAAUAUGCUCCCGAUUUUGAACAUUAAUAUCUCCGUGAAUUUUUAAGUAAAAUACAACUGUAAUAUAUCAAAAUCUAAUUUAGUCCUUCCUCUAUUUAAUGCAAGUUCUUUCUGUUUGGUAGCUUUACUUGUUUAGAAGUUAUUAUAAAUCAAACCGGAGUACUUUUUUUUGGGACACCCGGUACAGUUUUUAGAGUUAAUACAUUUAUAACCAGUGUAAGUUGAGCUUGCAACCAACAUGACGUCAUAAAUUAGCGGACAUAUUCACACUCAUUUACAUAUCAAACAAAUUGAAAUGUCUCGGGAACAAACCUAAAAAUAGGUACGCACUGCGUACAUGUUGCAUGCCAUCUGAAACUUAUGAUCAUAGAUAUCUUAUAUAAGAUAUCUAUGCUUAUGAUGCGGUAUAGCGUUUAUAACCUUUGGUACAACUGGCGUGAAACUUAAAAUAUCGAUUCAAUAAAUUUAAUAUCAAUAUAUUUAUUGCAAAAUAGCUAUUAUGUCAAAAUAAGAACUAUAAGAAAACUUAAUUAAGACUCUCACGCGAAUUUGCCUACGGUGUAGACCCCAGCAGAAACACGCGAAUAUAGACAAUGUGUUUUAAGCGACCGUUAAUAGUUAGUUGCAAGCGACGGUAAUAAUAACAUUGAAGGGAGUCAAGGGACCCUACAGUCAUUUUUUAGUCGAAAAGCCACCUUAAGUAGGGGACUCCACGGAGAUUCGUUUGGCUGUAUCUUACAUACAGUAUCCAUGAAUAUGAGUACUUCGCACACCGGAAGACGCAUGCAUGCCGUGAUGCGCAUGUCAAGUAGCGACAAUAAUAAAAAAUGUAAACAAUACUUACGUGACUAAAAAAUUACUGUAGGGCCCCUUUAACAAUGUCAAGGCGGGUCAAGGUUUUAUCAAAAGCGAUUGACUGUUAGAUUUACUUUACAAAUUAAUAACUAAAUAACGUUAUUUCCUAUAGAUAUAGCUUUAUUGUAACUUUUUAAUGGGUAUAAAAAACCCGUAGAAACGGUGAAUUACUACAAUAGAUUGAAAAUGAUUACUAUUUAUCAUUUUGACGUUUGAGUGAUUGAAAUGAGUUAAUUUACACUAUAUCGAAUGUCAUGUUGAAUCUUAUGCGUACUUCACAAUGGUUGCUAUUUCGUUGUAUAUUUCAAUCUCGAUUUCAAUUGUAUUACUAUUUAUAAUUUAAAUUGUGUUUGAUAUUUAUAUUUCAUGUUGUUUACAAAAUGUGCUGUAGUUUUGAAGCUUUGCACACAAUAUUAUCAGUGCGAGCACAAUGGCUCCGUUUCAGUUCGAGUAUAUAAAAAUCGAGUAUUUUGAUAGCGUUCGCGAGUUUGAGGCUUUCAAAUGCAUUACUAUAUUUAUAAUUUAAAUUGUGUUUGAUAUUUAUAUUUCAUGUUGUUUACAAAAUAUGCUGUAGUUUUGAAGCUUUGCACACAAUAUAAUCAGUGCGAGCACAAUGGCUCCGUUUCAGUUUGAGUAAUAAAAAUCGAGUAUUUUGAUAGCGUUCGCGGCUUUGAGGCUUUCACAAUAUAUAAAUAUAAACGCGUGAUAGUUGAUAAAUAAUCAGUGCGAGCACAACGGCUCCAAAAACACAACACAUAACAAAAUAUAAGGUAAGUUAAUUAAAACAGUAAAGCUUUACCUACCUCGAUUUAUUUUUCUAAGGCGCUCGAUUAUGUAAAUUUUCGGCGAAUAAUCAAUAUAUAAAUUUUCUUUGCGUUUCCUCGACGAAAACCCGGCAUGAAAAUGCUCGUCGGAAACUCGGUAUUUGUCGUAUUUUACGAAUCUGCCACGUGACUGGUACGCUCACCGACCACCGCCAGUGAACUCUAAUAAGACUGGAACGAUAACUCGGCCGCCAUCUUUGAAGCCAAAUUGAAGGCCGCCAUUGGAGGUACGGAGGCAAAAAUACACCUCUUCGAAAAACUCGGAUUUCUGCCUUUCUAUCUAUGCUAGAACAUAAGUAAAAAGCAUAAAAACAUCUACGAUACUUGGACUAUUGCACAAAUCAUGUUUGGAAGCCGUAGAAAAGACUUAACGUUAUUUUUGUGUACCCGAAAGUCGUAUUUUGUUCGGCACCGAAAAUAUUUUGUUAUUUUCUUGAAUACAAAAAUGGUACCUUUUGAGAUUUUGCUGUUAGUGGAUGUAGAAUACUUAGAACUAUCCAGAAAACCAAGUUUGAAUCUUUGAAAUUGAAAUCUUCGGACGAAAAACCUAAUUUUUCGGUGUAUUUUUGCUAAAAAAACAAAAUUACGAGGAAAUUUAACUCUCCCCAGUUCUUUUUUGAAAGUCACAGCGCGCGAACUUCUCCCGGGCGCCAAAUCACAAAUCGCAAAUCACGGGGGAUUUCUACGGAAAAAUCGAUUUAUUCACGUUUUAGAGAAGUCAAAAAGCACUUAAAAUAAACAACUAUACCUAGACGUUAAUACAAAAAAGGUAUUGGUCCGUAGACUUACGUUUUAAAGUUGUUUUUUUUAGUUAAAGAGCAAAGUUCACUUCGGCACGUUCGACUAGUGUCGUUUUUAUGAAAACAAACCUGAUACCCUUCAAACUUUUGCUGUUGUAAGAUGCAAAGCAGUUCUAACUAUCAAAUAAAUCGUAUUUGGGUUUUUAAAAUUGAAGUCUUUUGAUGAAAAACGACUUUUUUUUCGUCGAAAAUAAACUUUGACUGAAUUUUCCACUCCUCGAAACUCUCCUUAGUCCUUUUAAAAGUGCAAUUUCCUUGCUCGGUUGGCUUCAGGCAUGUAUGGGCAUGUUUACCUGAGUUAUCGUUCCAGUCUUAUUAGAGUUCACUGACCACCGCUCACCGAACACGACACGAAAUUUAGAGCUAUAUGAAAGUUGCAUGCCAUAUAUGGCAUGCAACAAAAACAAGAAACUGAAAAAUAAAGGGUACUUUUUUUACACACUUUUAGACAACCUUGGCUAAAAAAAGUGACCCUUUACAGUAGCCGGUUAACAUACCUGGGAGCCGUGCUCGACUUCCUUUUCCGAGAAAUUUGUUGUCAUUUAUACCUAUUAACUAUAUUUUUUAGGUGAACAUAUUUUGUAAACAGAAAGAGGACGGUGUCCUUAAAAUCCAUCAAAAACUCUACUGUCGUCGAGAUAGUCAAAGAAGAUGCAUUUUGGAGAAAAUAGAUGAACUACGACACAGUGCAAAAGAUGAAAUUGAGAGUAUGCUAAGUUGUCAGGUUGAAUUGACUCUUGAAGUCGGGGUCUCUAAAGCUAUGGUACAUAACCCCGUCCCGAUGGUUUGAAUAAAACUAUAUAUGCUUCUUGUCACAGAACUAAUUUUUCAGAAUUGCAGGAUUAUUUUAAAAUUCUCGCGUUGUUGUAGGAAUAAUUUAUUACUAUUAAUGUAUUAUAAUUAUUAUUUAAACUUAUUAUUACUGUAU